AUGUCUGAUUUCUUCAGUAACCUACUGUAUAAAAAAACAUCACUCUUUUUCACUCUGACUGAUCCUCUUUCUGUCUCGGCCACCUCUCUAUCUCACUCUUACCGCCACCUCUCUCUUUUCACUCUUUCUCUGUCUCUGCUACCUUUCCCUUUUCACUCUUUCUCUGUCUCUGCUGCCUCUCUCUUUUCACUCUUUCUCUGUCUCUGCUACCUCUCUCUUUUCACUCUUUCUCUCUCUCUGCUACCUCUCUCUUUCCACUCUUUCUCUGUCUCUGCCGCCUCUCUCUUUUCACUCUUUCUCUGUCUCUCCUCCCUUUCAUCUCUCUCUAUCUCUGCCGCCUCCCGCUUUCCGCUCUCUCUAUCUCUACCCGCCUCCCUUUCCUCUCUCUCCCUACCGCCUCCCUUUCCGCUCUCUCUGUCCCUGCCCUCCCUUUCCGCUCUCUCUGUCCCUGCCGCCUCCCUUUCCGCUCUCUCUGUCCCUAUCCCCUUUCCGCCUCUCUGUCCCUACCGCCUCCCGCUUUUUCUCUCUGUCCCUACGCCUCCCUUUUUUCUCUCUGUCCCUGUCCCUUUUCUCUCUAUCCCUACCUCCCCGCUUUUUCUCUCUAUCCCUACCGCCUCCCUUUUUUCUCUCUAUCCCUGCUCCCUUUUCUCUCCAUCCCUACCGCCUCCCUUUUUUCUUUCCCUGCCGCCUCCCUUUUUCUCUCUAUCCCUUUUUUCCCUUUUAUCUCUCUAUCCUGCCGCCUCCUUUUUUUCUCCUAUCCAUCCCCCCUUUUUUUUUUUUUUCUAUCCCUGCCGCCUCCCUUUUUUCUCUCUCCCUACCACCUCCCGCUUUUUCUCUCUCUAUAUCCUGCCUCCCUUUUUUUUCUCUAUCCCUCCUAUCCCUGCCUCCCUUUUUCUCUCUAUCCUGCCGCCUCCCUUUUUUUCUCUAUCCCUUUCCUCCGCUUUUUUUUCUCUCUAUCCCUGCCGCCUCCCGCUUUUUUUCUCUCUAUCCCUGCCGCCUCCCGCUUUUUUUCUCUAUCCCUAUCCCCUCCCGCUUUUUUUCUCUCUAUCCCUGCCGCCUCCCGCUUUUUUUCUCUCUAUCCCUGCCGCCUCCCGCUUUUUUUCUCUCUAUCCCUGCCGCCUCCCGCUUUUUUUCUCUCUCUUUCUCCCUCUGCCACUUCUCUCUUUUCACUUUGCAUCUGACACCUCUCUCUUCCACCUCUCUCACUUCUGA